AUGGGGGAUUUGAAUGGAAGGAUGGACUCGUUGACCAAGGAGAUUCGGCACCUUAGUAAAGAGCUACAGAACGGAAAUAGGGAAAUAAAGAGGUUGGAAGCAAAAGUUAGGGAGCAGAGAGAAGAGAUAGUGCAAAAAGAUGCUAAGCUUGAAGAGCUGGGCAUCUGUAUAUCGAGACUAAAAAGGCAGGUUAAUGAGAAAAGCAGAGAGGCUAGAAGCAAGGAAAGAGCCAUCCAAAGUGAGUGCAGGAGAAAAGAGCUGCUUAAUGGCAAAAUUCUUGGCAGUUCUAAAAGCCGCAGGGAUUACUAUAUCAGCCUGGAAAUGAAGAUGCUUAAUGAGCGAUUUGAGAUAAUGAGGAGAUUUAUCCUUGCGAUUUCCGAGAGAUUUGGACUCGACUUUGAGGUUUUCGAUGAACUUAUAAGAAUAUCCGAAGGUUUUGAUGAUCCGGUUAUAUCUGUACUUCUAGACAGCAUUUCUCCAAGCAAGCAAAUGCUUCAAGGCCAGGAGGAGCAGGAUGGCAUCCACUUGAAGUAA